CUCCACCCCAUCCGUCCAUAACACGAAGCGCGCGCCACGUCCCAUUUCAAGCAGGAACGUGUACAAUCGUACGUAGAAAAUGAAUAACAACAUUAACGGAACAGUGGACGGGCGUAAUACUGUGGAAUACUCCUCGUUAGAUGCCUCGGUGAAGGAGUUGGUCGAGGCUGCGAUCAAAGUGCGUAACAACGCUUACUGCCCGUACAGUAACUUCGCCGUGGGAGCGGCACUAAGAACGGUUGGGGGAGAUAUCGUGACCGGAUGCAAUGUGGAGAAUGGCACGUUCGGUCCCAGCGUGUGCGCCGAAAGGACGGCUGUAUGCAAAGCCGUUAGUGAAGGCCAUCGCGAGUUUACAGCCGUGGCGGUGGUAGCUUUCCAGGAAACGGAGUUUACCGCACCCUGCGGUACCUGCCGCCAGACUCUGUCCGAGUUCAGCCGUAAAGAUAUUCCCAUCUAUCUAGUCAAACCAUCGCCAGUGCGUGUGAUGGUAACAUCCCUCUUUCAACUACUGCCCCAUGCCUUUUCACCCACCUUCCUGAACAAGUAACGGCCACACACGAAACCGUUCUCGAAAGCACAGAGAAUCCCAUGAUCGUCCCGCACUUGAACAUGGUGCGCGACAAAGGGCACCGAAUUAUCAGCUAUUACGUCAAGAACAUUAUGGCGCGGGUGUGUCUGGUAGUGUUAUCUGUAAAUUAACUUAAGCUUUAAUCGGGCAAUCUUAUCUGACCGUUGUACGCUUUGUUGUUUUUUUUAUCUUAAAGAAUGGUAAUAAACUUUUGUUUUCAUGAG